AUCUCCCCCUACCUCGGCGGCGUGGGGCUCGGCUGCUUCUCCGUGUCCUUCCUGGUCAGCCUGUACUACAAUGUGGUCCUCACAUGGGUGCUGUGGUACUUCCUCAACUCCUUCCAGCAGCCGCUGCCCUGGAGCUCCUGCCCGCUGGACCUCAACAGGACAGGGCUCGUGGAAGAGUGCCAAGCCAGUGGUGCCGUGAGCUACUUCUGGUACCGGCAGACGCUGAACAUCACCGCAGACAUCAGCGACAGUGGCAGUGUCCAGUGGCGGCUGCUAGUCUGCCUGGCUGCCUGCUGGUCAGUCGUGUACCUGUGCGUCAGCAGGGGCAUCGAGACCACAGGGAAGGCGAUCUACUUCACGGCCUCGUUCCCGUACCUCGUGCUGACCAUCUUUCUCAUCCGAGGACUGACCCUGCCUGGGGCAGUGGAGGGCCUGGGCUACCUGUUCACCCCCAAUAUGCGCAUCCUCCAGAGCCCCCGGGUAUGGCUGGACGCGGCCACCCAGAUCUUCUUCUCGCUGUCGCUGGCCUUUGGAGGACACAUCUCUUUUGCAAGUUACAACCCUCCCAGGAACAACUGCAAGAAGGAUGCGGUGACCAUCGCUCUGGUCAACAGCGCGACCUCCCUGUACGCGGCCAUGGCGGUCUUCUCCAUCAUGGGCUUCAAAGCCACCAAUGACCUCGGGCGCUGCCUGGACAGAAACAUCCUCAGCCUCAUGGAUGAGUUUGACCUCCCAGAACAGAGUGUCUCCAGGGACAGCUACCUGGCCACUCUCACGCAUCUGAGCGCCACGCAGCCAGAAAGGGUGGCCCAGCUCCCCCUGAGCACCUGCAGCCUGGAGGACUUCCUGGACAAGAGCGCCUCGGGCCCGGGCCUGGCCUUCGUGGUGUUUGCAGAGGCUGUGCUGCAUAUGCCGGGGGCCCCGGGCUGGGCCGUGCUCUUCUUUGGAAUGCUGUUCACCUUGGGCCUGUCCACCAUGUUUGGGAACAUGGAGGGUGUCAUGACGCCACUCCUGGACAUGGGGGUCGUGCCCAGAUGGGUACCCAAAGAGGCCCUGACUGGGCUGGCCUGCCUGGUCUGCUUCCUGUCGGCCACCUGCUUCACACUGCAGUCGGGCAGCUACUGGCUGGAGGUCUUCGACAGCUACGCCGCCUCGCUCAACCUGCUGGUGUUCGCCUUCUUCGAGGUGGUCAGCGUGGCAUAUGUGUACGGGCUGGACCGAUUCUGUGACGACAUCGAGUGGAUGACGGGGAGCCGGCCCGGCCCCUUCUGGCGGCUGACGUGGAGGGUCGUGAGCCCCCUGAUGCUGCUGGCCGUGUUCCUGGCCUACGUGGCCCACUUGACCCAGAGGCCACCGAGCUACGGGGCCUGGAACCCCCAGCAUGAGCGGUUCCCCUCGCGGCAGGAGCGGCUGUACCCAGGCUGGGCACGGGCUGCCUGCAUCCUCCUGUCCUUCCUGCCCACACUGUGGGUGCCAGGGGUCGCGCUGGCUCAGCUGCUCACAGGGAACAGACGGGAGCAGGACAUGCAGCAGAACGUGCACCUGGAGCCGCAGGACGGGGCCUGCUGAGGGGCAGGGGCGGGGAGGCCCCUGUGCUGCCCCGUGCCCAACCAUUACACACCUGCCACGCCGAUGCCUGUG